AGCGAAGAAGGCUGUAUGCAUUUGUGGUGCCAGGCAGAUCUUCAAUCUUCUUUGAAGGAUAAUUGAGGAAUUUCUCGGGAUGGCGACUGCGACGGUGACGCUGUACUCGCACGCGCCGCGCUCCAUGGGGAAAUUCAUGGCGCACUUGGUCGGUCUGUCGGACAACAUGUGGCCGUCGUACUCGCGUCUCAAGCACUGGAGCCUGCUGCUGCACUUCGACGGCGACCCCGAAGACGAGGUCUGGCUGUGCACGCUACGGCGCAGUAGCCUGGGCGGCAGCCAGAAAUUCUCCACGGGAGGGGAAGAGAUUGCAUAUUACUGCAAAAAAGUAAGCAAGCACGAACACCGAAUUGGAAAAUAUGCAGAGACAUUUUAUUCUCUCGGUACAGUGAAUAUAACCGUUGAAGAACUGAAAGAAAUGUGUAAAAAUAAUAAGUGUAAUGGACGAAAAUACAAUGUUUUCAAAAGGAAUUGUCAAGACUGGACAAGAGACUUGUGUAAGAGACUCGACAUUUGGGAUAGAAAAGGAAAACAAAUUCGGACUUGAAACAAAACAGUUAUGAAGGUGCAAACACAACAUGUGUGCAGCUUCUUGGUAGUUAAAUGAAAAGUCUCAAGCUUUUCAGAUGACUUUGUCAGACAUGAGCUUCGAGAGGUCACAAUGCUGGCAGUGUGAAAUGUUUGUCAAGUAUGGUGAAGCUUUUCACAGUACUCAUGUUUAUGAAACACGGUUGCAAGUUAGAGUGUCAGUACAUAAUCUGAAUCAUUCUACUUUCAUGAUGUAUGGACUACUUUGUUUGUAACAACUAGAUGAAACUGUGACGUGUAAAUAGAAAUGUUCGUUUGUAAUUUCUUUGUUUGCAUUUAAGUAUAGGAAGAAUAAGAUGAGGAGAGUAUUAAAAGACUGUAGUUAUCUCUCAGAAAGUGCUCAAGUAUUACUUAGUCAAUGCCACAUUGGUAAUAAUGUACAUAAAUGUUUCUGUUGAGAGAUAACAUAUAUCUGUGUUAGACAUGUGUGACGUUUCCAUGUACUUAAAAGCUUGUGUGUGUCUGUUUAGAGAUUUCUUUAUGGAAAGGCACAGCAAAUACUUUUUUUAUAAUGAUGUGAUCUCUAGUUAUAAGCCAAAGGAUACCAUCAUCUUGAAGCAACAUUUCAAUGAUUUUCCUGCUUAUGAUCUUCAUAAGAUGAUGAUGGGCAGGGAACUUUCCAAAAUAUUGCUUGAAGAUAAUGUUGCUACUUGUUUUGAUAACCUGAAAAUUAUUUAUUAUUAUUAUUAUUAUUGUGUGGCACCCAUUAAGAGUUUCUAAAUAACAAGAAUAGAUAUACUUGCCCAAGUAUUGCUAAACAAUUUGACACAAUAGUUAUUAUUCAUUAGUGACAGAACAAAUCCACCUACUAUGAAAGAUGCUACUAGUUAAAUAGCACAUUCAAAAUACAUAUAAAGGCAUAGCCUAUAUGAAAAUGGAGGCCUUCUUGGUGAUUUAAUAAUUAAAUCCGAGGUUUAGUUACCAAGGAAGAUUUAAUCAGUAAAAGUCACCAAGAAGGCAUGCAUUUACAUUCAUGCUAUUCCUUUAUAUGUAUCAUGAGAGUUCUAAUUAGCUAGCAGCAUCUUUGUUGGAUGUGAAUUUGUUCCAUCACUAAUAAAUAACAGCUGUUGCAUUACAUUUAUAUAGCCAAACUCUCACAUUUUGAGGUCUUAUUAGUUUCAGAAUGGAGGCCAAUGUGAGAUUAUAAGGUGUGUCAAGAACAGCUAUAUUUCUUAAGAUUACUUGCUAUUGUUUUGCUGUAUUUCAGAGGGUAACCAAAAGCUCUCAGAUUUUGCAUUAUGGCAAAUUCUGCAUGAAGCUCAGUGAAUGUACAAAUAUAAGUUGAUAGGCAACUUUUGUAUUUCUGGAUUUCACACUGUAAGAUUGCUUAAGACAAUAUACACUCCUGAGUAUUUCAUUUAGACUGACAUAAACAUGACCAAAAUUAUUAUUAAUUCUUAGUUUUUGAACCAUAAACUGCUUAGAAUAAUUAUUGACUGUUUUCUAACAAAAUACUGGAAUAGUGUGUCAGAAUUUCUGCAUGUUUGUAUGCAUAGGCUGAUAGUAAUAUAUGAAUAUGAUAUUACUAAACAGACUAUGUUUAAUUCUCUUUAUAAUAUAGAAGUGGCAAGGCCAUAAUUUUUCUGAAAAGGGCAAAUGAUGCAUGCCUGGAAAGAUUUUCAGAAAUUAAACCAUAAUCUUGCCUGGUAAUAGGUGUUCGCACAA